UUCAGAUUUCCCUCGUCAUAAACUUCCUCUUCUUCUAAACGGAAUUGUUUUCCCUCCGGGCAGGAAAAAAUUAGAGGAAAAAGAGAUCAAGUGGCUGAAUUUUCCCUUGCUAAAGAUGGAUCUGUGGACUGUCCACGUGAAGAACGCAAACACUUGUAACCCUGCUGCUGGUUUAGCUGGGGCUUUGUUGUUGAAGGGGAAUUCGAUUCCUGAAAGACCCAAUUCCUUGAUGAUUGGAAAACUCGGAAUCCUUGACAUUAGAGUCUCAAGGCGAUGGCUCUCUUCAUCUGCCGCUCGUUCUUUCACUGUUAAAGCUAUGACUAAGAAGAAUAAUGACGAUAAUUCCUCUUCUUCUUCUGGAAAUGGUGAUCAAUCUAUUCCCAAUGAAGAGAGUUCAGGAAGAAAUAAUUCUCCGGACGGCAAUAAAUCUUAUGACUCGGCUUCUCAGAACUCUCAUUAUACGGACACAGACUGGAGAGAGUUCAGAGCAGUGUUAUACAAGAAUUACCAGGUAGAGAAGACAGAAUCUGGCGCUCAUAAGCAAGGUGAGACACCUCAUGUGUUGAAACCUCUUGGCAAAAAAUGGGCCCACCCUCUUUCUGUGCCAGAGACUGGCUGUGUUCUUGUUGCCACAGAGAAGCUGGACGGAGUUCGCACCUUUGAAAGAACGGUUGUUGUCCUUCUAAGAUCUGGAACCAGACACCCACAAGAGGGGCCAUUUGGAGUUGUUAUUAAUCGCCCGGUGCACAAGAAGAUCAAACACAUGAAACCCACUAAUAAUGAAUUAGCUACUACUUUUGCUGAAUGUGCCCUGCACUUUGGAGGGCCUCUUGAAGCGAGUAUGUUUCUUUUAAGAGUUGGUAAAAAGUUGAAGUUCCCUGGGUUUGAAGAGGUGAUUCCUGGCCUCUGUUUCGGUGCUCGAAAUAGUUUGGAUAAAGCUGCAGAGCUGGUGAAGAGAGGAGUACUUAAGUCUCAGGAUUUCAAGUUCUUUGUCGGUUAUGCCGGGUGGCAGCUGGACCAGCUGAUAGAGGAAAUUGAAUCAGAAUAUUGGUAUGUGGCUGCUUGUAGUCCGAAUCUGAUUUUUGGAGACACAUUGGACUCAUCUUCAGAAAGUUUGUGGAUGGAGAUUUUGCAGGAAAUGGGCGGUCACUACUCAGAAUUGAGCCGGAAGCCUAAGCAAGAUAUAUAGAUACCUAUUCCUAUUCCCUACAGGUAAUGGGUGAUUUUAGAAUUAAGAAAUCAAUCCGUAUGUUUAAUCAUGAUGUGUAGGUAUAUAUGAAAUCAAAUGUACAGAAAAUAAACUGGCUUUUUAAGUUAAUGGAUCAUUCUUGUUUUCUAUUCUCCA